AUGAAAUCUGUCAAAAGCCUAUAAAUAACAAAGAAAAAAUAUUGUUUGGACUUAAAAAAGAAAAAUUACAUAUUUUUAACUUAACCUAGAAUUUAUUUUAAUACAGUUAUAAGUUUGCUGCAUUCUUAAGUCAGUUUGAAUGUUAAUAGUGAGUUAAAAUAUAAAAGGUUUUGAUAUCCCUAGAGCACACAUUUUCUCUAGGCAGCUAUUUCUAGUGCUAAUUUGUGCCGAAAAGAAUAUCGUAAAACAUGUCCAUUAUCAAUAAUAAAGGGUCCUCAGCUGAAUUUGAUGCUAAAUAUGGCAUUUUGGAUUUCGAUACGCCCCCGCAUUCUUUAAUGUGUGGCCUUUAUAAAAGAAGCUUCGCGUACUACACUUUGCGCUCUCGACUACCAGUAACGAUUACCGGCAUAAUUGACGCUUUAACUAGAGAUAAGGAAUAUUUGGUGUCAGAGUAUGGUGAGGAGUCUCGAGAAGAAAUAAAAAAUAUUAUUGGUUUAAUUUCGAAAUUGAAAUAUCAACUGCAAACUGACAAAGCGCUGGAAACUUUUGUUGGAAAAGAACCCGAUAAAGAGGCUUGGAAUCAUUUCAUCGAAAAUCUCUGUGAAGGAAAAAUUAGCUUUUUUAAGGUUUGUUGGCUAUACGCCGAGUGUUAUAUAUAUCGUCGCUUGUCUUCGUUUUUCGAAAAUUCUAAUACACUAACCACGUUUGAUCAUUUUGCUAAACAAAAACAAAAUGCUCUUGUUAAUUCCAUUAAAUGCAUUGAAGUAAUACUUAAUGUUCUCCAAGAAAUUGAAAGUACCUACGAUUCUUUUCGCUUAAUGCUAAAGCUCAAUUUGUGGGGCAAUCGCUGUGACCUGUCUAUCACAUCCGGUAAAGAGGUUCAACUUGGAGACAAUCCCUUUGAGCUUGUGCGUAGUUUUGACAAUAAAGUUAUCAUUGAUGCUUCAAGCUCAGUUAUUGAGUGCCUGAAAUCGGUAAAUACAAAUAAACCAGCUAUUGUGGAAUUCGUUUGUGAUAAUGCUGGUUAUGAGCUUUUUACCGAUUUCGUGCUUGCCGACUACCUGAUUAAAAGUAAAAUGGCGGAUAAAGUUCGUUUUAAUUUGAAGGCCAUCCCUUGGUUCAUUUCUGAUGCUACAAUCGACGAUUUUAACUGGACCCUACAAUAUUUACAAAAUCACACUGCACAUGUUUUACAAGAAUAUGGUAGAAAGUGGCAAAAAUUUGUAAAUGAAAAUAAAUUUGAAAUAGCACCCCUGGACUAUUUUUGGACAAGUCCUUAUGAAUACUAUAGAAUGCGCGAUAUCAAUCCAGGCUUAUAUGAUAGACUUUCAGAAGCCAAUCUUAUUAUUUUUAAGGGAGAUCUCAACUACCGUAAGUUAAUAGGCGAUUUCUCCUGGAAAUAUACUGAGUCGUUUACAACAUGUCUCAGGGGUUUUUUACCAACUAAUCUUGCUAGCUUACGAACUGUGAAGGCAGAUUUGAUUUGUGGCCUUUUUGAGGGACAAGCAGAAAACUUAUUUAAAACUAAUAAAGAUUGGAUGACAACUGGCGAGUAUGGUACCAUACAGUUUAUAAAUAAACAAACUGCAUCUACCGAAGAUAACCAAGUGAAACCUCGUACUUUAUUGGCUUCGAAACAAAUUAUUGAAUUUGUUCUAACUGUGAAAAUGACCAGCAAAAACCUAAUGAAGGCCUGCCCGUUCUAUAUUGUUGAUAACAAAACUCCCAGGCAUACUCUUUUGUCUGCGCGGUACAAACAAAGUUUUGCCUACAAAACUAUGUGCUUCCGAUUACCUGGAAUCUUAAACAAUAUCGCUGAAGACAUAUCAAUAAAUACUGAAAAUAUAAUUGCUGAGUUCGGAGAGGAAAUUCGAAAAGACGUCCAAUCUAUUAUAAGCAGGAUUUUAAAGCUAAAAUAUAAAAUUGAAAACGAUUGUGUAAUGAAGACAUUUGAUGGAAAUGAACGGGACAAAAGCCUUUGGAAUGACCUUCUUAAGGAACUGAAUACUGAUUCUAACACAUUUUUAAGAGCUUGUUGGCUAUAUGCUGAAUGCUACGUGUAUCGACGUCUAUACUGCUUUUUUGAAAACCACACGACCCUUAAGGCAUAUGAUUACUUCUCACAUAAUAAACGGAAUGCCUUUGUAACCAGUACGAAUUCAAUGCUUGAAAUACUUCGCGAUCUUAAAACUAUGGAAACCCAUAUAUCCGAUGAUUAUUUAAAACUUUUGUUGAAGCUGAAUUUGUGGGGAAAUCGUUGCGACCUAUCAAUUUCUUCUGGAAAAGAGGUGAAACUUCAUGGCAAUCCGUUCGAACUUGUUAGAAAUUUGGAUACAAAGAUACUUAUUGAUCAAAGUUCUAAGAUUAUUGAAUGUCUUAAAUCUGCAGACUGUGGAAAUCCAGUGAUUAUUGAGAUGAUUUGUGAUAAUGCUGGUUAUGAACUUUUUACCGAUUUUAUACUGGCCGACUAUCUAAUCGAAAGCAAAUUAGCUAGCGCGGUUCGAUUCAACUUAAAAGCUAUGCCUUGGUUUAUAUCCGAUGCAACAAUAAAUGACUUUCGUUGGAGUUUACAAUUUAUGAAGGAUCAUACAUCGAGCGCUUUACGAGACUACGGCAAAAAAUGGCAAACAUUUGUUGUGGAAAAUAAAUUUCAAGUGGCUAAUUUAAACUAUUUUUGGACAAGUCCGUACGAAUAUUAUAGGAUGCCUGCAAUCGAUCCGGACUUGUAUGCAAGACUUUCUAAAGCUCAUUUAGUGAUCUUCAAGGGAGACCUAAACUAUCGCAAGCUUAUCAGUGACUUUUCUUGGGAUUCUACAGAGUCUUUUACAACAUGUUUAAGAGGCUUUCAACCAACAAAUGUGUGUAGCCUUCGUACUGUCAAAGCCGAUUUGAUAUGUGGUCUUGCAAAGGGGCAAGCAGAUAUACUAGAUAGGGAGGAUAAAGAUUGGAUGACAACUGGUGACUACGGAACUAUUCAAUUUUCGGGCAAAUGUGACUUUACCUGAUACAUACAUAUGCACAUACUAUAAAUGUAUGUAUGUAUAUAUGUAUACUCCGAAAUUUGCUGGAUUUCAUCAGAAGAUUUAAACCUAGCAUUUAUGUAGAUAUAUACAUACAUAUGUAGAAUAACAUAAUAUAAUCUAAAUGUAUAAUAAUAAAGACAGUGGGCAUUUGACAUAAAUGA